AAGUAAUGGACGAAGUUGCAAUUUCUGGUUUGAAACGCUUCGUUUUCGCUGACGAACGAAUCGAUGAAAAGUUUCAGGUUACACAAUUUCCAAGACCCGCGUCGACGAUGCAUCGAGGCGCAUCGAAAUCUACGAUAAGCAGACGGGCCCGAGCAACGGGCGCAAAAUGAACGAGUGUCGCGCGGGGGAGUCGAAAUGGAUCGACUGUCAUUUCCGGAAGCUGAUCCCGCUUUACAGGAAAUCGUCGUGCCUAUGGAAGAGGGACUCGAGGCAUUAUCUCGACAACGAGCGCAGAUACCGCGCGUACAGGUAUAUUCGCGACAACCUGGCUAUACCGGGGGUGAGUUUGAUCGAGAUCCUGCUGAGGAUUCGCGAGAUGCGCAGGCUCUACGUGCUGGAGCUGAAAAAGCUGCUGGAGGCCGAGUCUAGCGGCGACCAUCGCGCGAACACGUACCCAUGGUUUUACGAUUUGCAUCGAUUUCUCUAUCCGUACCUGGACUACGAGGAGGCGGUCGAGCUGCACGUACGUAUCGAUAAAUUCAAGCAUCAUGAAUUUGUAAUCUGUGGAUUGCAUAGCGCGUCGUCGAACAGUGACUCUUUCGAGACCGAUUCGGAUAACUAUGACGCGUUCUCGACGACCGUCACGCGUCUCUUGAGGAAAUUGGACAGACCGUUCGCGAUCAAAGCGCAAAGGAAAAUUCAGAAGAUCUUGUCGAUCUUCCUGGCCGAAUCGAACGUAACUAUCAGAAACUUUCGAUCGAGUUAUUUAUGAUCGCAUCGAUACCGUGUUAUUUUUAGACCGAGAAGAAUCGAACGAUUUGAAAUCUGCGGACGCGUGUGCUCGACAAAAUCUUCACGCCAUCUUUUAUUUUUCAAAUGAAUAUUUCUCGUGUACAAGCACGUUUAAUUGGUAAGUGUGAAUUGAAAAAAAAAGAACAUUAAACCGAGGUGAGAAUCGAAAUUCACACUGUAUAAAUGUAUACGAAACGGUUAAAUAAUUCCGUGGGUUCCGAGCUGAGAAUGUUUCGCUCGAUUCCUCAGAUUACCAACGUCGGAGCGUCCAACUAUUCUCGAACUGUGCCACGCGGGAAUGUUUAAAAGAAGCCGAUGGCCGAUCGCGAGUUUCUACCGUCGUUGAAAAUGCUUCGAUCGGAAACUGAAUUUCGUCGUACAUCGCGGUUGUAGCGCGCGGGUGGUAUCGAUCCGACUUUGGUAGACCGCAGCGUUGCGAUUAGUAUUCCGCCUGUGUUGCAGUCGGACAAGGACAACGAUGGUAAGAUUUGCUCUGAUAACGGAUUAUCCUCGGAUCGAGACGUACGCCAGACCUUUCUUCUAUACGUUGAAACCGUAUCGCGCGAUAGGAGUCACGGAAAUGUUUGUUAAUAGAAUAGAAAACUAGAACUCUAACUACACUGGCUUUUAAAAUCUAAUAUUUUCAAGAUUGUUGUUUCCUAACAGUUGUUUUCCGUAUCGAGUACAAUUUUAUUAACUAGUCUGUACUAGUCGCGCAAAAUGCCACGAUAAGACGUUACGACAGUAUGGAAAAUACCGCUAGUAACUAAGGGUAGAAA